AUGUACCUGGAAGACUUUGAUGAUCAGAUCUUCACAGGUGAAGAUCGUCCGUUCUCGUCAUUCACGUACAGGAUAGCAGCCGCCAGGAACUUGGGCCGCUUCAUGAGAACCCCUCCUAUCUUGUUCCCAGAAGAUGAGAACAUGGAUAAGAUCGAGUCGCUCCUCACAAAUUGGAAGCUCCACUUGCCUGCCACCAAACAAGACUCUCUCAACAAGGACUGUCGACUUGACGAGAUGAUGUUCCAGGCUCACUUCAUAACCCAUGCGUGCACAAUCAUGCUACACCAGCCCCACUCACAGCUGGACGCAUCUCCCGCGCGAUCGGUAACUUCGUGUGCCCCGUAUCGCCCCGUGCCCUCUGGCGAUGUAUUCAACACCCAUACGCGGCACACCAUCACGGCAGCUUGCGAGAUCUCAAAGAUGAUCACGCACGCCGUGCCCCUCCUGUCGCACACGCACUUCUUCACCUGUGUCAUCACCAUGUCGUCCAUAGUCCACCUGUCUAAGUGGGCGCUCUACUUCAUUCAGGACGAGGAGGACCUGCGCCAGCAGAUCCGCUUGAACAUCGGCGCGCUGAACAAGCUUAGCGCUGUAUGGAAGGCUGCCAACACGGCAUCCGGCCAGGUCAAGGGCGUCGCGCAGGAAAUCUACAGGGCCAAAAAGGCACAGCAGAUCAACCCGGCCUUCUGGGUGGGCUUCACUCAGGAGGAGAUGAUCAGCAGCUUGAAUGCCGAUGAGGGCAUCAUGAGCGAGAUCGACACUUUGUUGACUCAGGUCACGCAAGCUCCAUGA